ACCUAUAUCUACCAAUCAAUCCGCCACCCCUCCUCUUCCCCUCAACGUCAACCACAACCACAACUUGAUCGCAGAAAUAUUCUAUUAGGUUAGAAGUUUCUCCAUUUCCAUACUUUGAAUCUCCAUCGAACUGCGACGUUCAUUGUUGAUUCUACGGAAGUCGACAACCUGGCUCUUCAAUCAGCUCAAGUUGGAGGAGGAUCUGCGGUGUUAGCCCAAAUGGCUAAGCCGGACGCAGAGCCUGUGGAGGCAUUCGAGGAGUAUGUGUUUAUGCUAUGAGAGCAAUUGGAUCUUUUCUUACAUCUGCUUGCAGGCGCAAAAUACUGAUACCGUGUUGGCUAGUUAUGAAUCUCUCCCACCAAAUUUUUCGUUGAUUCAAAAUAUGGCUGCGGGCGCCUUUGCCGGGAUUGCGGUACGCUCAUUAGACCUGCGGAUCUCUAUCCAAUCGAUACUGAUAGACCUAUAGGAACAUACUGUUAUGUAUCCGAUCGAUGCAAUCAAGGUAUAUAUGAAUUGUCCCUCGGAUGAAGGCAAGAGGCGAUAUUGACAUGACGCAGACCCGAAUGCAAAUUCUCAACCCUACCCCAUCCGCCGUUUACAAUGGUAUGAUACAAGGAGGAUACCGGAUAGCUACUGGAGAAGGGCUUCUCAGUUUAUGGCGCGGCAUGUCAAGUGUGGUUGUGGGAGCUGGUCAGUCUCGGUCGAAUCGGAUAAGCGCGGAAAAGUACUGAUAACAUUUUAGGACCCGCACAUGCUGUUUAUUUUGCUACUUAUGAAGCUGUGAAACAUCUCAUGGGAGGAAACAAAGCUGGUGUUCAUCAUCCUCUUGCUGCUGGUUUGUUUUUAUGAAGGCCUAAAUUUGUCAUGAUCUCCUAACAAUCGAUAGCUACUAGUGGAGCUUGCGCAACCAUAGCUAGUGAUGCCCUCAUGAAUCCUUUUGAUGGUAUGAUAUACAUAAGGCAUCUUUUACGACUUUAUACUGACACUCUAUAGUUAUUAAACAGCGCAUGCAAAUGCACAAUUCGAAAGUAAUGUACAAAUCAAUGUUCGAUUGUGCUAGAUACGUCUAUCGAACCGAAGGUCUUACCUCAUUCUACGUUUCCUAUCCUACCACACUGUCCAUGACAGUUCCUUUUACUGCUCUUCAAUUCCUCGCAUACGAAUCGAUCUCGACCGUCAUGAACCCUACCAAAAAAUAUGACCCAUGGACUCAUUGUACAGCUGGUGCGAUUGGAGGAGGUUUUGCAGCCGCGCUUACAACCCCUAUGGAUGUGGUUAAAACUCUAUUACAAACCAGAGGAACGGCUAGGGAUGCGGAACUAAGAAAUGUUAGUGGUUUUGUGGAAGGUUGCCGGGUCAUUCAUCGAAGAGCAGGUUUCGCCGGAUUUUUCAAGGGUGUUAAACCAAGAGUGAUUACUACUAUGCCAAGUACUGCUAUUUGUUGGUCUGCAUACGAGGCUUGCAAGUAAGUGUUUCCACGAUUUGGAAUUUUGAAAUUAUACUAACGAAUCCAAAAGGGCUUAUUUCAUUAGGCAGAACAACAUGGAUGUUUAAUAUGCUUCGGUUUAAAAUUGCUUUUGGCGAAUCUCCUUAAUGAGCGUAAUUCGGGUGCGAUUAUGCGAUACCAUACACUACCAAAAUUCCGAUUCUUUUGCCCGAAAACUGCUUCAACAACAAUCACAUAGAUAUGAUCUUGUGGAUGUGGAAGCGAUCGAACGCUUGAUACCAGUGAUUUCAUAGGAUAGCUCAACAUAUCGCCAUGUUAAGGUUAAAGUUUCUUGUUGCGAGUAACGAUGGACGAUCUGUACAUAGAAUACCUUUCCUUUUUCCUUUUUUUGCUUAGAUUCUCUUUUUUUUUAUGGUAUGACAUCCAUGCGUGUAUGGAAUGUUUUGAGAUGAUAUCUUCUAAGAAAAAGUCAUCAGAGAUGAAGAUGACAUCGAAGAGGAUAUUUGUGAACGAAAUUUGACUGGCGUUUCAUCUAGCGAUGGAUUGAUAUGCUAGGUAGAAGGAUGGAUUUGCAUUGAGUGGAGAAAAGAAUGGAUGACAGGUGUGGCGCGAGGUGUAGUGGACAGGGCGUUGCUGAAAGUUGAACCGCUUUAGAAUGGAUGGAUGGCCGAGUGUGCAUUCCUGUGUGAUGGGAUUAUGUUUGGCGAUUUGUACUAUACCAAAACAACAUUCAAGUGAAGUGAGGAGAGAGAAAAAAAAAGGACAAGAGAAAAAUUCUAGUGGCUUUGGUGUUAAAUGUGUUGUGAUGUCAUGUGAUAGAGAUGGGAGUUUGAAGAUGAAUUGUGAUAUUGGGUGAUUUGUGGGUUUACGGGCUUAUAGGAUUGAUGGGGUUAUGGAUUUUCUGGAAUGGCUAAUAAAGUUAUCGUUAUAAGUUCAUCAAGAAGAGAAAGUAAUCUUCGAUUUAACCAUGGAUUUUCUACUGUUUUUUUAGGGACCUUCUCUUUCUUUCUCUUUUCAUCUUUGCAAUGAUGCAUAUUAGGUGAUGAUUUAUAAGAGUGGAUGGGUAGAUGAAAAGAACUUGAAGUUGUGUUGUUGUGGUUGUGGAAUAUGUUGUAUGCGGGUUUAUUCUGGAGUUACUGGUAGGUGGAUGUGAUGGCGAUGUGGUUUGGGGUGGGUCGGUGUUUGUUUGUUUGUUGUUGGGGUUGUGGAUGAUUUGGGG